GUUGUGACGUAAUGCGAGAGUGAUAUCGGUUGCUUAAAAGAUGGAUUUUUCUCAAGUUACAGAUCCGGAAUAUCUACAUGGUGAUGACGAGGGACAGGAGUCAGAUUACGAAAUGAGAAGCGAAGAAUAUGUACCAAUGAAAAAUCCGGAAUAUCUACAUGGCGAUGACGAGGGACAGGAGUCAGAUCACAAACUGGGAAACGAAGAAUAUGUACCAAAAAAAGAUGCCCUUAUAGUACGUGCCUUGUAUGACUUUGAUGCAAUCAAAGAUGACGAUCUAAGCUUCAGAAAGGGAGAUAAGUUAAAAGUGGAUGAGAAAAGCAGUCAAAACUCGGAUUGGUGGGUAGCUCGACAUCUGACCACGGGAGAGAAUGGCUACAUCCCAAGAAACUAUGUCACUAAGGAUGAUAACACCCCACAGUCUCAAGAUUGGUGGUUUAAUGUAGGCAGGAAGGAAGCAGAUAAACAGUUACUGUUGCCUGGCAACCCUACAGGAACUUUUCUCGUGAGAGAGGCCUUAGGUCUUGCCGCAUUUGCGUUGUCUGUGCGAGAUUGUAAUCAAAGGACACAUGUUGCGUUUGUCAACCAUUACGUAAUACACAGGUUAGAAAAUGGAGGAUUCUACAUCAAUCCAAAGAGAACUUUUGACAACAUGUUUGAUCUGAUCUUUCACUACAGAUAUGCAGCUGAUGAACUAUGCUGUAAGCUGGAGAUUCCAUGCCCAAAAAUUCGACCUCUUGUACAGUUCACGGAGUUUGAAGUAUCAAGGGAGUCGGUGAAACUUCUGAAGAAACUUGAAAAUGGUUGUUUUCGAGAUGUUUUCGCUGGUAAUUGGUGUUAUACAGUAGACGUGGCUGUGAAAACGUUGAAGCAAGGUCAGAUGACGGCGGACCAUUUUCUGGCCGAGGCGAAGCUCAUGCAUCAUUUAAGACAUAAUAAACUUGUACAGCUUAUGGCAGUGUGUACAAAAUCAGAACCUAUCUGGAUUAUAACUGAGCUCAUGAUUAAUGGGGCCCUACUAGAUUAUUUACACAAAGAUGUGGGCAAAACUCUCGGCUUCAAUUCACUAGCUCACAUGGCUGGCCAGAUAGCUGACGGUAUGGCGUAUCUAGGGACAGAGAACAUUGUACAUAGAAAUCUGAAAGCUGCUAGUAUUUUGGUGGGCGAUCACAACGAAGUGAAAGUGGCAGGGUUUGGUCUUGCAAAGUUCAUGCAGGAAGAUAUUUAUGAGGCUAAUGAAAAUACAAAGUUCCCUAUAAAAUGGACAGCGCCAGAGGCGGCAUUUGACAGAAAAUUCAGCAUAAAAUCAGAUGUGUGGUCAUACGGUGUGUUGUUGUAUGAACUAAUUACUUUUGGAAAAGUUCCCUACCCUGGUAUGAAUGGCCAUGAGACACUGAAUCGUGUAAAUGAAGGAUUCCGAAUGCAGAAACCAAUUGGAGGACCAGUGCUUUGUCCUGACCCUUAUUAUGAUAUCAUGUUGAAAUGUUGUAACAGGGCAGCAGGCAGAAGACCUUCAUUCGCUUAUCUCAAAGAUUUCUUCAACAACUACAUGGUGAAUAUAAAUAGAGUGUACUGGGCUAUGGACAACUGAUCAUCUGUGUUAGCACUCAUAAGAAAAUAGGGAUGGUCGUUACCUGGAGAGCUUUAACAUCAGUUUUCUUACUUCUGCUAAACCGGAGCUACAUUUGCAAGUUGCAUUUGUACUUGAAACAUCAAUUUUGUUUAAAGGUGGUUAAUCAAAUUUUGGUUAAGUAAUGGAUUUGUUCAAAACUUAAUUAACUGAUCAUGUCCACUAAUUUGUGUUCAUAGUGCUCUCAAUACACAUCAAAUUUAUACUGGAAGUAUUUCUUAAGUUUGAUUUCCCUAUCCUAGUUGCCCAGUUAUUUUAUAAAUUAAAUAAACAUACUUUGCCCAAGAGGUAACUUGAAUAUAAGCACUACUCUAUUAAAGGUGUUUAAGAUUUCCUUUGUAAAGGAUACAUUUUUUGCCAAAUUUAAUUGAAAAUGCAAGUUUAUAAAUGUGUUAUUACCUCCCUUUUUCCAUCUCGUUUGCGAAACCAAGAUAAAUUGAAAAGAGAUUAAUUCCUAUAUAGAGAUCUAACUAAAUGCAAUGUUGAUUUUUUAUUCCUUAAAUAAAUCUGUGGCUGAAUAUAUGAAAACUGAAAAAUGUCAUAAACUGUUGCUCAGAUGUGAUUGACCACCCUUAAAUUACUAGAAUAGCCUAAACCUUUAAAAAGAUAAAGUCUUGCAAGUACUGAUUUGAAAGUGAAAAGUAUAGAAUUAAGAACGAAAAAUGUCAUUACAUUAUGUUACUGUUUUUAUCCUUAAAAAUAUAUUUUUAUACACAAAAUUUGUACUCGCAUAUUCAGAAGUAGUAUUUGUGAUUUGUUGUAGAUAUACUCUUAUCACCUAUACUAAAUGUGCAAAUCUUCUUCACUGCAGAUUCUCAUUCGGUUGUUAAGGUUCAGCACAUUAUUAUCUUAAUGUUUGUUGAAAACAUAUGUGUUUGUCAUCAAAAUGUGCAUUCAAUCAUUAUGAAUAGCGAGAAAUCUGUUCGUUCCCAUUACUUUAUCUCUUUGAUACAAUCUAAAAUUUAGCAGAACAGUGGCCUUGUUACACGAUAGUGUUUCUCUUUAUGCAACAAAAUUCUUUACCAAACUUUCAAAAAUCAUUUAAGUGGUUAAGACAACUGGAAGUGAUAAAAAUAUCAGAAAACAAGUAAUUGCUCAAUGUUAGUAUAUUUGCAAUGCGUAACAAACUUUGUUAAUUUAGUAGAAUCCAAACAGUAGAGAUGGUAACUACCAAACUAAAUCCAAGGGGGGCAGCUCUAAAUUGAUAAAAAAACUGAAGCCAACAUAAAACAUUGGACAAAAGGGAAAGAAAAAUCAGAUAGGUUUUAUUUCCAACAACUGAUCAGGCAGACAAAAUAUGACCUACAUUUGUAUAAAUCUCAUUGUGUUCAAUAUAGAACAUGUACACUUUUCUUAUGGCUUACACUGACAGUUAUUUUAUAAGUUGUAGUUAGGCCCUGAAAGAAAGUUUAGUAGUGCAUGAAGAUAAUGUAAAAUAAUGCAUAAAUUUCUUUAAAGAAAAUCUAUGAAAUUAAGAAAUGUUAUUAAGUUCAUAUCUUUGAGUCAAAGUUAUUUAUUGUUCUCAAUAGUGAUACAUUGGUUUACACAAAAUUUAUACAGUGCAACAUUAUAGAGCAACACCCUUUGGAUGAUACUAAUAUUGACUGUUAUGUAGAGGUUGUUGUUCUGAGGAGGUAAAAUUGAUAGUAUAUUUCAACUUAGGGAAAUUUUGAUGAUGUUGUUAUAGAGAGGUUUUCGCUUAAGAGAGGGCCGCUCUGCAGAGGUUGAACUGUAUAUUAUAAUGUAAAAUUUAUAUAUCCAACAAUGAGAAAUAACAAAUAAAAGUUAAAUUGGUAUCACUUUUGUGUAACAAAGCAGCUAGAUUGCGUAUAUUUAUCACUUCAAUGAAUCAUUUUGAAAGUGUUUCUUUCGAAGAGUUUCUCUUAAAGAUGUACAAGCGAAUUUUUUCUUACGUUAAGAAUUUUUUCAUACCCUGUGAGCUUGAAGAACAUUAGUUUCUAAGACAAACAAGAGCGGAAAAAACAUAGGUCACCGAACUCGUUUUAAUUUUAUAGGGUUUUUUCUUCAGCCACUGUUUACGCAUUUCUGAAAUUUUGUAAAAUUGAAAAAAUUUUGGUACUUUAUAAAACAUAUAAUAUCCUACUUAUUCUUAUAGAGAUUUCAGGUCUUGCAGGUUAAUAUGAAUAUAUGGUGAUGUCAGUAUUAUAUAAGCAUAAAUGUCACUAACAGAUCUCUUUAAUUUUUACAUGUUGACAUAAUUACCCCACCCACUUUAUUUUCAAUGGAAAAAACGUAUUUAGAUCUUCAAAAAAAGAUUUUCAAAAUAUUUUGCAGCAUUAAUGACACACAAAAAUGCUUCGAAAUUGAAAGAAAAGGAGUUGGGAUCACCGUGCAUCUAAGAGAUUUAUUAAGAAAAAACUGUUAAAAAGUGGUGAAUUUUGAUAUUUUUUGUUCUUUUUGUUUUAAUUUAUAUUUUCUAAAUAAUAAAAAGUGCUAUCUUGAAAACUUUUAUUUCAUUCAUAGCUUAACAUUACAUUUAUCAGUCAGAAAAAUAUCAAAACCAAACCUGAUCUACUUUAAUAGAUAUUUGAAAUUACCUACCCCUACCCCAUUGUAAAUAUUGCGUCAAUUUUAGGCAAAUGCCAGCCAAAAAUAAGGGUGAAAAUAUUUUUUCCGCAAAAAGCAUAAUAUAUUUGGUUAAAUGGUACAUUAUUAGCCAUAUUUUAAAUAUUUAGCAUUAAUUUUUGACAAAACUUUUGUUAGAAAGCAAUAUUCGAAGAAACAUUUUUCAAAAUGGUGGAUAUCCUGAAAAAAAACGCUCGUACAUCCUUAAGUUCAGGAGUAUUUUGCUUCAAAUAAUGUAACACAAAAAUUCAUUGUCAUCGAAUAUAAUUACAAUGUUUUAAGGUAAUGGUUGUAAUUACAAUAUUUGAAGGUAGCUGAUAGGUAAUGACUCUAUGUAAUGUAUUUUAAGCAAUUUAACAUUCUCUGGAUGGAACUAUCAUGAUCAUUGCUUUCCUUAAAAAAUGAAUAAAUGCUGAAAAAGCAUAUGGAGUUUACUCAAUGUGAUGAUCUUAGAUACAGGUCAUCUACCUUAAACAAGCUAUAAGGUGUUUUAUUUAUUGUUUUUAACAAAGUAAGCGGGUAACUUCAGAUAUCAACAUUAAUUUACAACUAAAACUGUUUACACAAAAAGGUUUUUGUUGGGGCCUCUCAUUUACAAUUAUAUCAGCAAUUAUCACCUGAAUUGAGUGCAUUUAUGAGUGGAAAAUAUUGAUGGUAAAAUGGUCUAGGGGUUUGUUAACAUUAUAAAAUCUUUAAUAACUUCUUUUAAAUUUAUGUAAUGGUUUUGGUAAGCUUAUAAUAAAGAGCAUGUCAUUCUCUUUCACUCAGAUUUUUUUAAGCGUUUUAGACUCUUGGCUAGUCUUGGAAUUUGACUUUAUAAAAAGACAAAAUGCAGUUCAGUAUAGGCUCUUUCAAAGUGUUGAAAGUAGACUAAACUUACACUAUACUCUAUUGAAUUUAUUUAGUUGUGGAUACUAUUGCUACAGACUAUAAUUUGGGAAAUCCUAAAAUCAUUGAAAAACGGUCAAUACAAGAGUUCAUUUUGCUUCAGAUAUUUUGAAAAAGUCAUUUUUUAAAUAUCAAAUAUUUCUAUUUUUACAUGGAGUAGAGGAAAACCAUAAAUAUAUUUAGAAAAUUGGUGUACUUAGCUAUCAUUCACUCUGAAAAAAUAUGUAAAGAUGAAUUUGAAUUUUUUAGGUACUAUCUCUACAAACAGGUCAUCUAUUGAUAUAAAAUAAUUCAUUCUUUCCUUCGGUUGAAUAAGAAAGUUCAUUCUUCAACCCUAGGUGGUGUUAGAAAAUGUUGUUUAUAAAAGUAAAUAAUGCAAGAAUGCGUAAAGGUCAACAAGUUGGUACUACAUUAUUGAAGUACUAAGUGCGUAACAGUGCCAUAAUUUUGCUAGGAGGUCGUGAGAGGUGGUUGCAUUCUUUACUUCCAAAGAAUCUUUUAUCAACUAUAUUAACUACCACAUCAGUAAUUUUUUUUUGCUGUGCGGCCGCUGUAAAAUGACUCCCCGUACUUUAAUUAAGUAUUGAUAUAUUUUCUUUUCUUCUGGAAGCAUGGAGUCCAUUCAACAUGUAUGUUAUAGACUUCCGCUUUAAAGCCGAUACUAGAGGCGUGAGAGGUAUUGCACAUUUCAUUACCUCUCAUGAACAGUAUUCCUUUUGGAUGCAUUCUUUGCUUCCAAAGGGCCUUUUUACAGAUUUUUUAAAUGUUAUGAAAUAGUUGUUUGCUUGGAAUCUUCUAACAGUCGAAUCUAGUAUAAUGUUUUUACAUACCUUACUUUGAAUCAUAACAAAACUAUAAAGGGAAAAAUUCUGUAACUCAGGCCAGCUACCAGUGUCAGGCACAGUAACCCUGAAGGAUAUACAAUGUAUAACGUUUGAUGUCAUUUUACCCCGUGUCAUCGCGAAAAAAAUAACAUCGAUAUUUUAUAUGAUUAACUGAUCCAAACAGUCAGGUAGUCAUUGCUAUGUUUAGGUAUAAUAUAAUAAAACAGCUCAAUAAAUGGCAUUGUUGUACCUUAAUUGGUUAUUUGCACUCUUAAACCUUUAGUCAUGCUAAUGACCACUACUUCAGGCCUGCCGUUACCGUUUGAGAAGUGUAUAGGACAUGAUAUCCCCAUAUAUCUCUAUUUCAUAUUUUCAUUUAGAAGACUGGUUAACCAUAUUAUGUCAUGUCAUUGUAGAUAUUUUUUCAAAAAAUCAUCGCUUCGAAAAAAUAUUUGAAAGUUUCUUUAUGGCUGAUUCAUCGAGAAUUGUUGUUGGUAUAUAAGAUAUCACAGUUGGUAUACAGGAAUAUACUUUAUAUACUUUUCUUCUGCGGUCUCACAGCUUUCCUUAGUUUAAAACAAAAAUAGAAAAAUAGAAUAACAGUUAAUGCAUAUAUUCUUUACUGAAAUCUAUCACCAGCAUCUCGGACCAUUUUUCACGAAGGUUUAGGUCAACUAUUAUGAUACAUACACAGAUUAUUCCAUGUGGCAUUCACAGGGGACCAUGAAUUUCCAUAGCCUAUUUUAUGUCUUGAUAAAGAAAAAUUAUCAAACUAGAUGCUUUUACAACAGUUUUAUUAUAUAUUUCAUUUGUGCUUUAGUGAUUUUUAAAUGUAUUUUCUAUACGCAGUCAGUGUUGCUGUCACUGUUUACCUGUGUGAAACAAAUUUAUCUGUACUCUUAACUUUAUUACAUCUGAUAAUUAUGUCUCCCCUAUAGGUGGGGGACAUAUUGUUUUUGCCUUCGCCGUCUGUACGGACGUCCGUCCGUCCGUCCGUCCGUCUUCCCGUUCGUCCGUCUGUCCAUCCAUCCACAUUAACCUUGUCCGGUUUUCACAGGUCAAACUGCUGGCUUUCGACGAAACUUCACACUAUCAGUACCAAGCCCAUUUGUGCAUUUUGCCGGCACGUUCCGCACCACCGGAGCUAAAAAUUAAAAAAAUAUUGUCCGGCGUUCACAGGUCAAACUACUGCCACGAAACUUCACAGGAUUGAUCAGAACCAAUCAUAGGUGUGCAUAUCACAGACACGUUCGGCUUCGCUGCACUAAAUAUCCGCCAGAGCUUAAGGUACACCUAUAGGUGGGAGACAUAUGUUUUUGUGACAAAAACACCUUCUGUUUCAUUAUAUAUAUUUUACUGUUCCAGUGUUUUUAUAUCUCCUAACUUUGAACAUUUCAAACCUUAUGUAUGUUUGUCCUCUUUGUCAUUUUUGUAAAGACUACAAAAUUUGUAUACAACAAACCAUGAAGUAAGAUUUAUUAUGAAAAUAAAUAGAAAUAGCAUCAAUGUUUAGUAAUGAUUUAACAGGAGUUCAUGUGCAAAAUGUUCCUUAUUCUCCUCUAGCGUUCUCAUAGAUUCUAUGUAUACCUUGACAUGUAAUUUCUUGAAAGUUCAGUGAGUAAUAAUUUUUCAUAAUAUGAAAAUGUUUCAGCAGUUAAAACAUGAUUUGAUAAAGUGAUCAUUUUUUUUUAGACUUUCGACAUUUAUUCAUCAUGUUUCUUUCAGUUGAUUUAAAUAGUACUGAAAAGAAGACAUGAGAAACAGCACAUCAUUGUACAGGAUAUCUUUUUAUAUUUUUUUCCUGUAAAAUGGUAUGUUUUAAUGUUGGUGAAUUUGUAAGUAAUGGCAAAAUUCUGUCAAAAGAUACUGAGCAUCUUGAAUGUAUUGUUUUAAUCACUGGCACCAGAACAGAAAGAAAAUGCAACUGUGUAUGUUAUACCCUACCCAUAGGUAUACUGUAAGAACCAUGGUCAUGAACGGGAAAGUGCACUAACCCAUUUCAGUCGUACAUUUCUUACCUAAAACGAUCGGUGAAUGGGUACCAAUCAUAUUGAACAAGCGGUAAGUCAUCUUCCGUCGUGCACCAAUUACGUUGUCUCAAUAUUUCAUAUUGCAGAUAUACUCUACAUAUUUUAUGCUUUCGUCAACGUUACAGAAAAAAAACUUGCGUGAACUUCCCUAAUGAACUUCCGGUCUAGAGGUCACAGCAGUGUGCGCAUAUUGGGCGAAAUGUUAACUAAAGAAAACAGAAUGCAAAAUAUUCAGUUUUACAAUAAAAUUUGAAAUGAUGAAUGAAAUUCCUUUUAGAAAUGUUUUUUGAAUUUGAAGUCAUACAUUGGUAUACAUCUGUACUGUUUAUUUAAUUCGUAUUGCACAUAUGCUGAAUAUAGACAGCGUACAUGUGUUGUUUAACGACGACUGACAUACAUUUUCACAUUAACCUUUCGGGAUAGUUUUGUAAUCUAGACCGGGACUUCACCAUGGAAAUUCAACAAAGUUUUUUUCUGCAACGUUGAAAAAACUAUAAACUAUGCGUUGUUUCUCUAAGAUAAGAAAUAUCGAAGAAACGUGACCAGUACACAAUGUUUAAUAUCCAUAGUACACAUUUACCGAACUGUGGGUUUUAGGCAUGAAAUGUAUAGUAUAUUUUCCCGUUCAUGACCAUGGUUCUUAUAGUAUUUAUUAUAUAGUAUACCUAGUGUUACGGUAUUACAUGUACACUUGUAUUUUCUGUUUGUUCUAGUACCAGUGGUUUAAAUGGGAUAAUUGAUUUUUAAGUGUUCAUUAUAAAUGAAAUUGUAUACAUAUGAUGUACUGUGACUCUGGAAUGGCUUCAUCGCAACAUUUUAGUCAGAAAUUGGAAAUCAACAAUUAGUAAUGUUUCGGAAGUCCGGUAUAGCUCAGAGACAUAUUGUUUGUCACUUCUUCUGUCUGGUAUAUUCACCAGACAAUAAGUAAAGUGUUGUUUGAUUAAAAUCGGGUAUUAUGUUGAAAAAUCUAAAAACGUUUUCCUUCAUGUGUAUAGACAGAUUAUAAGUACAUAUGGAAGGAAUAAAUUCAGUGUUGCAUUGCAGUGUUUAAGACUUUGAAAAUAUUGUUUAUAUCAUAUUGGAUAGGUUCACAAUGUUGGUCUGUUACACCUUUCUUUUUCACGCUUGUCCGACCAUAUAUCUCAUACAGUACCCUGAAGUUAAUGUAUACACUUACACAUGUCCUUUUAAAAAAUGUAAGUCACUUUACACAAAGUGUUACCUUAAGUUAUCUGAAUAUUAGUGAAUAUACUUACAAAUGUCCAUUGUAGAAAUUGUACGCACUUAACUUUAGGAUAACUACCCAGUUUCUACUGUUACUGUGAGUAUGUAUUCUAAAAUUUGGUCUAGCCGUAUUUUUAGCUGUUUUACUCUCAUAAAAUGGUAACAUACAGUAGUGGUAGUAUUUCAAUACUAGAUAUUAGUGGUAAAUGAUGUGAGCAAUUAAAUAAACUGUUAUUGUAUGUGAUGUAUUACGUUGCCUCUGAACUGAAACAUAUCUCUUAAUGUGACCAUUCCCAGACGAAAUGUUGUACAGGUAUAUAAUAGUUGUGUAUAUUCACACAUUCCUUGUUAACUUUAUCAUUUUAUAUAGAUAUUUAAAUAUAUAUGUAUAUAAU